GUAAUUCGCAUGCUCAUUGUUGUGGUGGUUUUAUUCACCGUCUGUUGGGGGCCUGUACUGAUCAACAACCUCUUAGUGGCUCUGAAUGUCAUCGACAGACUUCACGUGGGUCCCUUGAAGCCCUUGAGACAAGCCAUCUUCCUGAUGUCCUACCUAAACUCCAGCUUAAAUCCCCUCGUCUAUGGCUUCAUGUCGCGACAUUUCCGUCGCGGAUUUAAGGAAGCCAUUUGUGUCUGUUGUUCCCACAGUCGGCGCCGAAGCAAAGAAAACAGAGGUGCCAUAGGAAGAAGGCACAAUACCACAAGCAGUAAGUACGCGUCAGAAGCUGGCCCCUCAGUUGUUGGCACCGGCACCAUUAGACUCAGCCCUGUAUCUGAACAAAUGCAGAUUGGGGUUUAUGAGAACUUCGAGGAGUAUCCGGUGGCCAGCCAAAAGUACAGCACACAAAUGUGGGCAAGAACUGACAGAUUCUCUCAUGGUCUUCAGGGUAUGUACAAAUAG